CUGACAAUGUUUAGUCUCACUCGUCAGUCCGCUCCUUAAAAUACCAAUACUCUAUUCUUUCCCUUGCCCAAAAUUUCUCUCAUCUCCUUCUCUCUUUAGUCUUUAGUCAAAUGGCUCUUCUGGGUAUUGUUUUUGUGCUUUCUUUCAUUAUCUUUUUGAGCAUUGUUGAUGCAAGAAUCCCAGGGGUUUACACUGGUGGUGAAUGGCAAAGCGCUCAUGCCACUUUCUAUGGAGGCAGUGACGCCUCUGGAACAAUGGGAGGUGCUUGUGGCUAUGGAAACUUAUACAGCCAAGGCUACGGCGUCAACACGGCAGCACUAAGCACUGCGCUGUUCAACAAUGGGUUAGUCUGCGGUGCAUGUUUCGAGCUAAAGUGUGCAAAUGAUCCACAAUGGUGCCAUCCUGGUAGCCCUUCAAUCUUCGUCACUGCAACCAAUUUUUGCCCUCCAAACUACGCUCUGCCCAGCGACAAUGGCGGCUGGUGCAAUCCUCCUCGCCCUCACUUCGACCUCGCUAUGCCCAUGUUCCUCAAAAUCGCCGAGUACCGUGCCGGAAUCGUUCCCGUUUCUUAUCGAAGGGUUCCUUGCCGAAAGCGGGGUGGGAUUAGAUUCACAGUCAACGGCUUCCGUUACUUCAAUUUGGUUUUGAUCACCAACGUGGCGGGUGCAGGGGAUAUAGUGAAGGCUAGUGUGAAGGGAUCAAAGACUGAGUGGAUGAGUUUGAGCAGAAACUGGGGUCAAAAUUGGCAAUCAAAUGCUGUUUUGGUUGGUCAGUCACUUUCGUUCAGGGUGACAGUCAGUGAUGGUCGCACUUCGACAUCAUGGAACAUUGUCCCGGCAAAUUGGCAAUUUUGUCAAACUUUCACGGGAAAGAAUUUCAGAGUCUAAAAUUUCAAGAUUUUCCCACCCUAUUUUCUUUUUCUUUUGUUUUCUCGGAAAGAGUGAGGGAUUAUGAGGGAAAGUGUCCGUGUGAACUUUUUGACUUUGGGGGUGAUUCUGUUUUUGGUAAAAUAGUAAAGAGGGAUAUGAAAUGUAAAACAGCUGAGGUGGCUUAAAAAUUAUAAUAUGCCCGCAGCUUUGCUUUACUAUAAUUUAUGUGAUAUAUAUUUUCAAGAA